AUGGUGCUUCAGGAGUACCAAUCCAACUUCACCCUAAGUUCCAAUCAAAAGCAAACUGAUCGACAAGUGCUUAGAAGUCGAGUGGUACAGAGUGAACCGGAACGGAGGCAAUCAAGGGCGAUUAUGCCAGUUUUGUGUCCUGACCGAUCCCGGUUUGAUCUGUUUCAGACAGGGGCGAGAUGGCGCAAGUGGUUAGAGUGCGAAUUUACUGACCGGAAGGUCCGUGGUUCGAACCCAACUUCUGCCUAUCGACUUCCCCUGUCUGGGGUUGAGCAACUUGGCAGUAUCCCAGCCCUCGUGCUCGCUUCUGGAGACAUGGUAGUUAGGCACCUAAGUGGUGCCACAUCUGAACGAACGAACGAAUGUGUCCGUGGUUUGAACUCGACCUCCGCCUCUCGACUUCCCCUGUCUAGGGUUGGGCAACCUGGCAGUAUCCCAGCCCUCGUGCUUUCUUCGUGUAGCAUGGCAGCUAGGUACCGAAAGGGUGCUACAGCUGAAACUAAACUCGCCCCAAAUCACCCAGACUACGUUGAAGCACAAAGGCAAUUUCAAGAGGCUUUCGAAAGUAGUCAUGAUGCAAUGGCCAACUUUUUGGAGAGUGAUGCGGAACACAUUGAAAUGUUAUCAAACUUUGUAAGUGCUCAGAUGAGCUACUUUCAAGAUGCCCAGCGAGUUCUGUCGGACUUACAGACUCGUCUACAGUCCAAGUCCGUGGUUCGAACCCGACCUCUGCCCUUCGACUUCCCCUGUCAAGGGUUGGGCAACUUGGUAGUAUCCCAGUCCUCGUACUUCCUUCAGGUAGCAUGGCAGCUAGGCACCGGUAGGAUGUUACAGCUGGACGAUCUAUCCGAUCCGGUCAAACGC